AUGGACGCCCCAGCAUUAGAGAGUGAAAAUUUACUUACUAGCAAAGACAAAUGGUCUGAUAGUGAAUCAGCGUCGCCCACAGUUUUGUCAUCGACGCUGGAAGAUGCUCCGUCUAUCAAGAGCGACAGCCCCCCUCUUCUCUCAAUUGUCGGCCAUUGCCUGCUAAGCAUCUUCGUUUGGACACCAGCAAGGUUCCUCAUCUAUUACUUUCCCCCGCUCGAUCGUGUCUUACCAGUUCCUCCUGCUGUUUCUCAGGAGUACCAAAUGCAGAUGAAGUUUCUAUCGUCUCUAUUGCUGCUUCUGGCGGGUGCCGACGCAGUCAAAGCUCAUCCCACAGCCGUGGAGCAGUUCACGGGUGAGCUGGAGGUAGCUAGUCCCAAUCAAUCCGGGCUCGCUCUCCAACAAAGGGCCCCUAACUGUAGCCGCAUGAAUCAUUUCAUCUCCCGGAUUACAUCGGUCAGAGCCCAGAUUGCCUUCGUUACCUUCGGCCCCGCAGCCGUCAAAUACACUUGCCGCGCCAUAACGCAUGGCGAUCCCUCGUGCGAUGACUGGGCUGAGGGAAUCAGAUACGCUCUGGGACUUAUCUUCGCAAUCUUCGGCAAAGACGGCGCAGAGGCAGCAGUUCGUCCUGAUGAUCCAGUUCGCAGAACAAAUACCAGAAGCUACCUGGAUAUCGCCACUAGUGCUCUGAAAGAAAGCAGCUUGCAAUUCACCAGCAUCGAGGCGGACGAAAACCUACCCAGCGUCCAGAAGCGGUCCUUGGAUGAGCCAGAUCUAGUCGAGAGAUUCCUUAUCCGUGGCUUGUAUCACGCUGAUCUCGGCAACGAUGCGACUAAUAUUUGGGUCAACCAUUACAAUAAUGGAGAUAACACCCUGAAAAUUGCCACGGAGGAUGGUCAGCAGGACGGCAACUCUACUCUAACUAGGCGCUGGGAUAAGCCUGGCUUCAAAAUUGCUUACACCAUGAGAAAGACGUCUCCACUUAAGGAGCAGGAUUCCCUGAAGAUGGCUAGACAUAUUGGUCUGAAAUGGAAGAGCAUGGCUCUUGGAAAUGAUAUCUCGGACUUCAUAGGAUUUGUGGAGACAGGUCACACGGCGAGCUUUUAUUUCCGCAUUAUUCCUGAGAACAAGGGGUACGGGUUGAACUACGAGAAUGUGAACGUCUGUGAUUGA